AUAUCUCUCUCGCCUCAUCUGUCCCUCAUCCAUUCCUGCCCUUUCGCCACCCUCUUCCCACCCUCUGCACAUUCUCUCUGUGCCCUCUACCACGUCUCCCGAUCCUACCAUCUAUCUCUGCAUCCUCACAUCCCUGGUGGCCUCUCUUCGACGUUUACCCACUACUUUCUCUUUCCAUCCCUAUCCUUAGGAAUUAAGCUUCACGGAAAGCAUUUUGACACUUCGCCGCCGGUGCUUUCGGUGAUUUUUUUUUAGGGUUUUUUUUGAGGCCGGUAUCUACGUUUCGACCACCACCCUUUAUGCUAGUCCGCCAUUUAUCUUUGCAAGGUAUGAUCUUAUUGAGGGGUUAUUGGGACCAAAUUUGACACGGGUCACAGCCCACUGGUGAUUGCUAUUUCUCGUUGGCCAAUCCUAAACCCGCCGUGCUGGUCUAGCAUAUUUGGUAAGUGGUCACUGUUUGAUAUCUUUCUUGAUUUACCAACCAUUUCUGCCUUGCAGUCUACUAAUUGGGUAAAUGUUUGAUAGGUAAUUUCUGGCGAAAUGUCGGGCGAAAAUUCCGACCCGCCCGAGAGCUCUGGAAAGGCACAGCUGCCAUUUUCAUCUCCUUUGCUUCAUUUUAGUAACUCCAAAAUAGCUCCGCACAUUCUGGAAAUGCCCCUGGAGCUUCUUACAAUGGCAAUGCAUCACCUCGACCUCGAAGAUCUAGCCACACUCGUCCAUGUCUCGCAGAAGUUGCGCGAUAUUACAAUGCCCUUCGUUCUUCAGAGGCUGGCCAGCGAUACUGACAUGCCUCCCCUUCAAUGGGCGGCAACUCAUAGGAAACACCGUCUCCUUGAACUUCUUUUAAGGCUACCGGGAUAUUCGAUUAACGAAAACGAUGCGAUGCACAGCACUCCACUGAAAUGCGCUGUUGCCAGCAAGGAUCCCGAAAUGGUCAAUCAUAUCAUUGGCCUCGGAGCAGAUGUUAACCUCAAUUCUUGGAGUCAUGGCAGUCUGCUUCACCUCUCUGCCUCUCGCGAUGAUUUUGAAGUAACAGAGUUGUUGCUAAAUGCGGGGAUAGAUCCUAAUGUUAAGGACUCUGAUGGUGAAACUCCUUUGGACUGGGUGGUUGAACGGGCAUCAUGGCCUGUGGCACAGCUCCUCAUUCGUUUUGGUGCUACAAUUAAUCACCAGAACAGCGAAACCGGAAUGACCCCCUUGCAUAGGGCAGUUAUGGAUAUUAAUUCUGGAAAUGGGUGGGACAUGAUAAAAGGCUUGUUGAACGAGGGAGCAUCCCCAAAUAUUCUCAAUCAUGCCUGGCUGACACCUUUGGGGAUCGCCAGGAGAAUGCAGUCGUAUGCCUUGGUUGAUCUACUCUUUUAUUACGGCGCGGACCAGGGGGCCAAGGAUCUUUUUGGGUAUGGCCAAAUAGAAGGGUAUUUCAGAGAGAUUGCAGAAGAUAGAGUGAGGUUCAGCUUCUAUUAGCGAAAGGUAAGGUGACGAGUUUGGAUGAAUUUAUCUGACCUGCCAUCGUAACAAAAAACCCCUUAUAUAUAUUCUCUGCUUGUGGGGGUCGUGCACACAAAAUCAUAUCUAACCCUUUUAUCGCGGGAAAUCUAUUAAACCAAAACUUAGCAAUAAACCUUUUGCGGCUUCCUUGGACAUCUCUUGCAGACAGUUCGGCAUCUCUGAAAAUUAUUCACUAUUUCUUUGCUUUGGAGGAUUUUAGUUUCGGCAUCUCAUCUUUCGGGAUUGCUGAGCUGUGUACCGACGUAGCUUAAGAGGGAUCAUCCCAUGGGAGACGGAUCGUAAAAUAAUAGGCAAACAUGGACAGAGUAGGCAGGAUUCGUUGGCUAAACAGGUGCAGGAAGUAACACCAGCAGUAUAUACGCAGCCCUUGAACGCAGUAGACAUCUGUAGGAUUUGUAAGGUGCUCGACUGGGCACACUUCGUAAACAAUGGUAAUGUAGCGGUGGUGGAGCAGUUUGUUUUCUUCAUUUUUUUCUUCUUCGCCUUUUCUUUCGCAUUUAUACAUGUGAUUGCUUUUGGUUUUUUGCUUUUCUUCAUUUCUCGACUUUCUGUUUGGUCUUUUCUGGCAGGUUUCUGGGGCAUUCUGAUUAUUUCUACAAUCACAUCAUUGCACCCAAUCUCGUUAGCAGACAAUUCAAAUAUAAAUUUUAUUUGCAU